ACUGAGGGAAAAAUCCCGUUGCGAAAUCAAGCACGUAUGUUGUCAUUUUCGCAACGACCCGUUGUUAUAUUUUUCAACAACGGCUGUUGGUGAAUUGUGCACGAACGUGCUCAAAUUGACACCGAGACGUGGUCAACUUUCGGUACCAACAACAGCCGUGCUUAAUUUGUCCAUUUGUAAUAUUGGUAAUUGCAGCCGAUUACACACGAGUAAAAAAUGACAACGGUGGUGCAUGAUUCACACACGGUCGUUGUCAAUAUGACACCGGUCGUGUAUGAAUUAUGCACCACCACCUGCAUAAUGAUGCACCACCGUUGUUACUUUGUACACCGACGUGCAUGAAUCGUACACGAUCGUUGCCAUUUUAGCAACUACCGUGUAUGAAUCAUGCACCACCGUUGUCAUUUUUUUUACUCGUGUGCAAUCGGCUGCAUAUUUACCAUUUUUUCCGUGUUAUUGAAAGAGAAAGGACGCAUUGUGCAAAAAAUUUAUUGAAAAUGAAUAAUAAUUCGCAAGAUCCUCAAAAUAUCAUUGGUGAGUUGUUAGAAAUCGAUGGCAAUAUUGUUGUGGUUCGCGAUACAAACCAUUGCAGCAGUCAAGAUGCGGAAAACAAUGAGGACGAUUAUAUGUUAAGGGAGUUCUUAAAAGGAAUAAAUAUGGAGUCGCUUUUUGAACAAUUAAAAGCAUCACAUGUAACAUUUCGCAGCUUGCAGUACUUGAAAAAAGAAGAUUUAAAGGAAGCAGUGCCACCAUUGGGACUGCGUGUUGAAUUCAGAGAAAAGCUCUUUGCUUGGAAAAAACGAAAGCUCGGGAUUGAUGACGAAACUAUGUCAGUUCCAUCUAAAAUAGGUGAAUGGUGGAAACGCAACGAGACACCUGCAAGUACUCCUGGUACUCCCGACACUACAGGUUCGAACUGCUCAAAAGCCAAAGGAAUUUUGUCAGAGGAUCUAACGGAAUUGUUAACACAUACCUCGAAGGGGAAACUAGCGCUUGAAUGUAGUAGCGUUAAUAAGAAAUUAAGUGACGAGCAAAGAGAUGAUAUAAUUAAUAUAAUUAUUGAAGAUAUUUUAACCAACAAUGUUACUCUUUACACUCAAGACUAUAUGCGCAUAUUGGAUGAAAUUUGUUCCGUUUUUCCUCUUGAAAACGAAAUGAGGGUAAGAUUAACAAUAUAAACAACGUAUCUGAUUAUGUAGUUUCUUAACUUAUAAUAUGUCUUUAUUUUUAGGAUUAUUAUUACAUUUCAAGAAAAGGAAAGAACAACGCAAGCGGAAAACUUUAUGCCAAGUAUAGAAACAAGAAGUCCAAAAGAAUAAAGCUUUUGAUUUCCGAGCCUAGCACAAGCAAAGCAGCAACUCACACAUCUCCUAAUUUUUGUAACAAAGAUGUUCCCGAAAUUGAUGAAUCAGUUGAAAAUUCAUUGAAAGCUUCCUUACUAAGAGAAUGUAAUGAUUGGGGAUCGAUCUGCGAAAAAUGGAAAAGAUCUUUUAACAUACGGCAAAGAGAUAUAAAAAAUUUAAGUAGCCAUACAUUUCUCCUUGAAUGGACGAAGUUGUCCGAUGCAAGAGCUUCAGAAUUGGUCAACAUUGAUUUCGAUAUUAUGUAUCCACAGAAAGGCAAUCUUCUACUUUCUAAAUGGGACCAAUUUAAGAAAAAAAUUUACAAUUAUUAUGGGAAAAAUAUUCAUAACGAACAUUGCAAACAACUCUUCGCAAAUGUUUUGACGGCAAGCAGCAUAGAUGCUCAAGAUUAUAUAUACGCAAUACUGUUGAAUUCAGUUUUACCAUCACCUGCUAGGUUUAAAUGUGGAAACGGUAAAUUACGAAAAAAAGUAACAAUAGCUGAUUCGCAGGAAAGUUUCGUACUGCGACUACCGACAAUUAACGAUUAUAAAAGGCAAAUUGAUACAGUCACUGAAAAGUAUUACAAUGCUGGAUUAACUAUACAGCCAUUUAUAAUUGUGGAGGGUUUGUCCGAUUUCAAUAUAAAAGGUUUUUAUGUUUUUUUUAACCACAAUUUGUUAAAAUUUCAAUCGUUCCUCGAAUGUUUAGAUACAUGUUUUAA